AUGAUUGCUACUGCUACAAGCUCAACUGUAAAAGUAUCAAGCCAUUCCGAUAGAUUUUCAUCUUCAUCUAAUAUUAAAGGAGAAGAAAUUGAAUAUUCUCGUUAUGAUUGUGGGAAAUAUGAUAGUGGAGCUGAUUGCAUGUACAUUAAUAUUCGUCACAAACUGAGUAAUGGUUGGUCCUCACUAUUUUCGUUUGAGGAUGACUAUGUUAAAAGAGAAAAAAGAGUUAAAAUUGGACAGAAUGUCAGAAUAUUGAGGGAGAAAAUGAGAUUUCAUUCAUUGGAUGAUAAAACAUUUAUGUCAUGCCUGAUAGUUGCAAUGAAUCUUGGACCAGGUGAUAAAGAGAGACUUUUAAAAUCUGUAAAGGAGGUAAAUCAUGAUGAAUAA